AUGUGUAGCAAUCAUGGAAUAUGUGUGAGUAAGAUUGGUGACGCACUUCAGUGUAACUGCGAACCUGGUUAUACGGGAGCUACGUGCCAAGACGAUCCUUGCAGUGGCAACUCAUGUAUGAAUGGAGCGACAUGUGUCCCAGACGCUGAUGGUGGAAACUACACAUGUACCUGUUCUGAUGGAUUUGCCGGUCCAAUGUGUAAUUUAGACGAUCCCUGCAUUGACAACGUGUGUAUGAACGGAACGACAUGUGUCCCAGACGCUGAUGGCGGAAACUACACAUGUACUUGUCCGGAGGGAUUCACUGGUCCAAUGUGUAAUUUAGAAGUAGACCCUUGUCUAAGCAAUGAAUGUAGCAACAACGCGACGUGUGUGCCGGGAACUGGGGAAAUAAUGUACACCUGUACGUGCGCAGAAGGAUUCACUGGGGCUCUCUGUGAUGUAGAAGAAGGAGAUGCAGUGACUACCCCAGCCGCUACAACAGCUCAAGGUUCGAUUCUUACAUACAACUUUCAACUCGCAGUCUCAGCUUUAUGGCUUGUGGUUAUCAUAAACACAGUGAUCCUCGGUUGAGGCAGAGACAUAACAUGUCCCUGCUUGAGGCAUGUAAAUACUAUAUAUUAUACAACUUUUGAAUAGUUCAAAUU